AUGUCUGAAACCGGCGAGGUCGAGGUCGAGUCCACCACCUACCAGGUCCUUCCUAAGGACGUCACCUCCGAGAUUGGCAGCAUCAAGCUGUUCAACCGAUGGAGCUACGAGGAUGUUGAGAUUCGCGAUAUUUCUUUGACCGAUUACAUUCAGAUCCGAUCCCCCGUCUACAUCCCCCAUUCCGCAGGUCGUUAUGCCGCGAAGCGAUUCCGCAAGGCCAACUGCCCCAUCAUUGAGCGAUUGACCAACUCUCUGAUGAUGCACGGCCGCAACAACGGCAAGAAGCUUAUGGCUGUCCGAAUCGUCGCUCACUCUUUCGAAAUCAUUCACCUGAUGACCGACCAAAACCCCAUCCAGAUCGCCGUCGAUGCUAUCGUCAACUGCGGUCCCCGAGAAGACAGCACUCGUAUCGGUUCCGCUGGUACCGUCCGACGACAGGCCGUCGAUGUGUCCCCUCUCCGACGAGUCAACCAGGCCAUCGCCCUCCUCACCACCGGUGCCCGUGAGGCUUCUUUCCGCAACGUCAAGUCUAUUGCCGAAUGCCUGGCUGAGGAGCUGAUCAACGCUGCCAAGGGAAGCAGCAACUCCUAUGCCAUCAAGAAGAAGGACGAGCUGGAGCGUGUGGCCAAGAGCAACCGAUAA